AUGGCGGCGUCCGGCUCUCCGGGGCCAACUCCGAGUCCCGGCCCCGGGAGGACGCCCGCGGAGCCCGCCGCCGCCGCCAGCCCCUCGCGGCGGGAGCUGAGGAAUGGAAGUUACCUCAGUACGGUCCCGACUGCGAGGCUGUAGGCAGCGGGCAGAGCGGGAGGUCCCGGGCGGCCGAGCAGGUCCAGCGGCGGCGGCUACCGCAGUGCCCUCCGCCCCAUUGUUUCCCUUCCAAGAGGAUCCCGGCGAAGCCGAGCCCGGGAACCAGGAAGUUCCCCGGCGCGACACCUCCUGCCGCCGCUAUGGAAACGGCCCCCGCCUCCCAGGGCGGCUCGCCCGGGACCCCGCCUCCGCGUCGCCGGCCCCGCCCGCCUCACCGGCCGCCGCCAACCGUCACCACAGCGGCCGCGGCCGCCGCCAUCUUGGCGCGGCCCCUUCCCGGCGGCACGUGCGCGCCGCUCCCGCGCUCCCGCCGUGCGCGCUCCCGCCCGCCUCGGGGACGCGCGCCCAGGACUGCAGGUGCCGGGAGCCCCUCGGCGGGAGGCGGGCGCUGGAAGCUCGGGAGCCAAAGCGGGACUUCGAGGCACGCAAACGAGCGACAUUGGCGUGCCCAGCCGGCAGGUCAGAGGAUAGCACAGACGUAGGGAGGUCAGCUGAGUAGGGGGCGACAGGAUGGUCUGCGGAGCCAGCCUGGCUUUUUUUUUUUUUUUCAUUUCUGACUCAACUGCUUACCAGGUGUCAGCCCUUGGAGACGUUUCUCUGUGCCUCAGUUUCUUCAUCUGUAAAGUGGAAUGAUAAUAGGACCUGCUUCAUGGGGCUGUCCUGGAACAAGCGAGUGCUUGGUAGUAAGUGCAAAGCAAUCAUCUGCUCAAUAAAGUGCCAUUGCUACUGACACAGGUCACACUGCUGUCAUUUUUCAGGAACUUAGGCUAAGCGUUCACAUCAGCACUACUUUAAGUAGGCUACUGUGUAGAUCCCAUUGCUGCUUCAAGCUUCUCAAAUGUUCAUCACUGUCCCAUCUUUCUGUAGGUCAACUUUCCUUUUUUACAUCGUGGAAAUUGUCAAGAGUUUUAAUCUCCAAAGCCUCCCAUUAAGGGGUGCCAUAAAAAGAUGCAUGAUGUAAACUUCCCAAAGCUGUAAUUAGCUGACAGUUAAAUGAUUGAUUCAAUCGAAGCUAGAAAAGUUAGGGUGUGCAAGUAACUAAAAGGCUUCCUGUCCUUGAUUCCAGGAACUAGAAUUACCGAACCUGGCAACCCUGCACUGUGCCUUUUCUCUCUCUUUUCCAGCUGGUGAAAACUGACACGAAGAAACUGAAUGCUGUGCCCAGUUAUCUCACAGGAGGGGUGGAAGGAGGAGACAGGGUCACAGGCCCUUUGCUAGCACCCAAACUUUAAAAACUGUGACUUAGAUUAGGUUUUAGUUGGUCUCUAAGGCUCCUUCUAGCUCUCAAGUGUGGUAAUCUUAACGACAGGGAUACCCAGCAAUACAGUCUGAGAAAUUCAUCCUUAGGCAAUUUCGUCAUUGUGUGAACAUCAUAGAGUACAUUUACACAAACCAAGAUAGUAAAGCCUCCUACACACCUAGGCUAUAAGGUGUGACUUAUCGCUCCUGGGCUACAAACCUGUUCAGCAUGUGACUAUACUGAGUACUGUAGGCAAGUGCAACACAAUGGGAAGAAUUUGUGUAUUUCAGCAUAGACAAGGUAACACAUUGGGCUAUAAUGUUACGAUGGCUAUGACAUCACUAGGUCAUAGGAAUUGUUCAGCUCCAUUAUAACCUUGUGGGACCACCAUUGUAUGUGCAGUCCAUCGUUGAUCAAAACGUUGUUACCACGUGACUGUGUAUACUCUGUUUAAGAAAAUACAAAGGUAUACUUCCCUUUGGGGCUUCUUUCAUUCAUUUAAAGCGUGUUUGUAAAGACUAGUA